CUAAAUCAUCAAAACAAAUAAUAUCACUCACAAAGAGAAGGUGAAGAUGACUCAGUCUCAGACAAACGGCGGAGACGGAGCAGGAGCCAUCGCAAUGGCAGAGCCUCCUUUGAACAACGAAAUAAUAAUGUUUAAUAGGAGCCUGAGCACGAGCAGCUGUUUGUCAAAGGAAGACGAGGAGAUGACUCGUACUGCGCUUUCAGCGUUUAGAGCUAAGGAGAGUGAGAUCGAGAAGAGGAAGCUGGAGGUUCGUGAACGUGUCCAGGCUCAACUCGGUAGGGUCGAAGAAGAAACUCGCCGCCUUGCCACAAUCCGCGAGGAGCUUGAAUCUCUUGCUGAUCCCAUGAGGAAGGAAGUUUUGAUUGUCCGCAAGAAGAUUGAUAGCGUUUACAAAGAGCUCAAACCAUUAAGUUACUCUGUUCAAAAGAAGCAAAGGGAAUACAAAGAAGCAGUUGAUGCAUUCAACGAGAAAAAUUUGGAGAAAAUUCAGCUGAUCACAAAACUUAUGGACUUGGCUGGAGAAAGCGAGAAUCUGAGGUUGAAGAAGCUUGAAGACCUGAGCAAGAGCAUUUAGAAUAUCACAACACACAUGCAUGACAAAGAUCAAUCAAGAACUUACUUGGGUCUUGGUUCAUUGUGUGAAUUAUGAUGUAUGUUCUUUCUUCUUUUGUAAAAAAUUGAAAUUUGUGG